UCAGAGGGGAGGCCACAAGCUACACUGAGACAGGACCCACUUGCAGUGCAAAGACCUCAAGCAAAGAAGACUCCGAAGCCGGGAGUAGAAGUACCAACAUUUAUCCUGGAGCCUAGAGAGAAAAGACAAGCGAGACCACAGCGUUUGGUUCGACGGACUGUCUGCUGGAGCUCCGAUACAGCCAAUUUGUAACUCCGCUAUACACCAGUUUAUCUGGACAUAGCAGCUAAACAAAGUUGGUAGUAAACUCUUUGGAGUUUGGUUAGAGUCAAUAUUAUUUCUUCGCUUGAGAGAGUGGACUGCACUGAAACUUGGGAUCGACCCGUCCGGGGUCGGGCUUGGACCUGUCGCAUCAUUUCUGCGGCAUCGAGCACUGCAAAAGUUUUGGACCGGAUCUGAAGACUUUGAGUCGACCGGACAGAGAAGACGUCCGCAGAGCGUUUUUUAAGCUUCAAUAGUGAUAUCGAUUCCCUAAAGACUGCAAAUCCAACAGUUCUUCAGAGGGAUUUUAGAGAUACAUAAUUUCACGAUGGCGUGGUCAGCUCUUACCGGCCCCUGUGCGGCCCUUGUUCUACUCUUCUUCGGUUUGACCUCCUGCACUCCCUCCGGCCCAGCCUCUGCCACCUGCGCCACCCUGGAACAGAGUCGCUUCUUUGGUGUAUUCUCUUCGACAUCCACCAUGCCCUCCACGCCAUGCUCCUGGACCCUGCAGAACCCCGAUCCUCGCCGCUACACCGUCUACAUGAAAAUCACCAAGCCGACCGACUCCUGCGUGCCCCGCCAGAUCAAGACCUUCCAGUUCGACUCCUUCAUCGAGACCUCCCGCACCUAUCUGGGCAUGGAGAGCUUCGAUGAGGUUGUUAAGCUGUGCGACGCAUCAACCACUGUCACAUACCUGGAGUCCACAAAGCAGUUCCUGCAGAUCCGCAAGGUGGCCGCACGAAACGGCGUGGAAAUGUUGGAGGGCCAAAAUGAUGUCAGUGAGUUCAAGGCUGAGUUUCUGGUCGUGGGGAAGAGGAACCCAAGCAUGCCUGCCUGCCAGAUGCUGUGCCAGUGGCUGGAGAAGUGCCUGUCCAGUAGCACCCAUGAUUAUCCCUGUGGCAUCAUGAACACACCCUGCCAGUGCUGGGAAGCCCCAAAGAGGAAGCCAGGGAGCUGCUACAGAGGCGGCGUCUACGUUGAGAAAUGCCUUCCUGUUCCCCGUGACAAUGGACGCGAUGCUGAGAUCAUCAUCAAGGGCUGGGCGGGUUGGGGACGCUGGUCAGUAUGCAGCCAGGAAUGCGAUGGUGGAGUUCAGGUGCGCAGCCGAGCCUGUCAGCCGGAGGACGAUGUGUGCGAGGGAACCGUUGAAGAGGGACGGGCCUGCAACCCUCAGCCCUGCAUUGGCAAAGAGCGAAACAGGAGCCAGGGUCUGCGAGCCAUCGUUGGUUUGAAGAGAGACAAUGCUGAUGAUUCUAACUAUGGAGUUGUUGCAACACAAACAGUAGAUUCUAAGAUAGAUGAGUGGUCUCCCUGGAGCGCAUGUUCAACCACCUGUGGAGAGGGCUGGCAGAGCCGCACCCGCGUCUGUGCCACUUCCUCCUUCACCACCCAGUGCACAGGAGCCCUGCGUGAGAACCGGCCCUGCAAUAAUACGUCCAUCUGCCCCGUGGAUGGUGCUUGGGAUGAGUGGACCCCCUGGAGCUUGUGCUCAUCCACGUGCGGCCGUGGUUAUCGCGAUCGUACCCGCACAUGCAAGCAGCCCCAGAACGGAGGAGAGCCUUGCCGCGGCCCUACAAGACAAACCAAGUUCUGCAACAUUGCUGUCUGCCCAGUGGAUGGAUCCUGGAAUGAGUGGUCUACUUGGAGCCCAUGCACCGCUUCUUGCUCCAACGGCACCAUGCAGAGAAUGAGGGAGUGCAACGGCCCGUCCUACGGCGGCUCAGAGUGCCACGGCAGCUGGAAAGAGUCAGCCACCUGCUUCCUGAAAGAAUGCCCUGUUGACGGACGCUGGCAUGCGUGGAGCUCUUGGGGAAGCUGCAGCAAGACUUGCGGCGGCGGCCUCCAGCAGAGGCAGAGAGUCUGUGAGGGACCCUUCUUUAGUGGAGAACCUUGCCCUGGUGAAAAAGGAGAGCAGAAACGUUGCAAUGAAAAGAGAUGCCCUGAGCCCCAUGAGAUCUGCCCUGAGCAGAACACCGGAGAUGUUGUGUGGAAGAAAACCCCCGCCGGGGACAUGGCUGCUGUUGCUUGCCCCGCUGAUGCUUCAGGUCUGAUUCUGCGCCGGUGCACCCUGGACGCUGUAGGUCUUGCAUCCUGGGAGAGCCCAACUCAUACCAAGUGUGUCUCCAAAAACUACGAUAACAUUCAGAUGCUGUCCAGGGACUACAAAUCCAAAGCGCAGAUGGGGCAGAGUGUGGACGGGGUUGCCGAGGUGAUUUCCCGCCUAAGAUUCUCCUCCGAUGAGGGGGCCAAGUACAGCGGAGACCUCUUGGCCGUGAUGGAGAUCUUGAAAAACACAACUGAGCAGUUCAAGGGAACCAAACUGAGAUUGAGUAACGCUGAUGUUGAGAACUACGUCCAGACAAUCAGCAACCUACUCAAAGAGGAACAUCGUGACAAAUGGGAGGAGGCACAGCUGAUGGGUGCCCACAUUAAGGAGUUCCUUCGCCUUGUUGAGGACUUUGUGAGCAUGAUUGGUAUGCAAAUGAGCGGCUUUCAGGACAUUUACGAAGUCACCGAGAAUUUAGUGCUGAGCAUCCACAAGCGCCCGACAACCACAAACUCCAACUUCACCUUCCCCGUUAAGGGCUGGAGGGGCAUGCUGGACUGGGUCAGGACCUCUGAGGAGAAGAUCUCAGUCUCCCGUGAUGCUCUAUCCAUUGACCAGGCUGAUGGCAACGAUGCUUUUGUAACCGGAAUCGUCCUCUACAGAAACCUUGCCUCUAUUCUGUCAUUGCAGAGUAACACCACCCUCCUCAACUCAAAGGUGGUGACGGUGAUCCUCAACCCCACCCCAACCCUCCUGUCCACUCCCGUUGAGAUCGAGUUCCCCCACCUCCACAAUGGCACCACGAAUGAGACGUGCCUCUCAUGGGACGACAGUGAAACAUCCUCCCUGCUCGGGUCUUGGUCUGCUCGGAGCUGCAGAGCGGUGCCCGUUCAUUCAUUCAGAACCAAAUGCGUGUGUGACAGCAUCUCAACCUUCGCCAUUUUAGCACGCGUUAACUUCGACUCGAUCAUGGACAAGUCACUGCUCCCGUCUGUGACCCUCAUCGUUGGCUGUGGGGUCUCCUCCCUCACGCUGCUGCUCCUCAUCAUCAUCUACGUCUCCGUGUGGAAGUACAUCCGCUCAGAGCGCUCUGUUAUCCUCAUCAACUUCUGCCUCUCCAUCAUAUGCUCCAAUGCCCUCAUUCUCAUCGGACAAACUCAGGCUCGCAACAAGGUGGUGUGCACUCUUGUCGCUGCUCUGCUGCACUUCUUUUUCCUCUCCUCCUUCUGCUGGGUGCUGACAGAAGCUUGGCAGUCCUACAUGGCUGUAACUGGUCGUCUGCGCAACCGCAUCAUCCGCAAGCGCUUCUUGUGCCUUGGCUGGGGUCUUCCUGCACUGGUGGUAGCUGUAUCUGUGGGUUUCACCAAAGCAAAGGGAUAUGGCACUGUCAACUACUGCUGGCUAUCUCUUGAAGGAGGACUCCUCUACUCCUUUGUUGGUCCUGCUGCAGCUGUUGUUUUGGUGAAUAUGGUCAUUGGUAUUCUGGUCUUCAACAAGCUGGUAUCCAAGGACGGCAUCACCGAUGUGAAGCUGAAGGAGAGAGCAGGAGCAUCAUUGUGGAGCUCCUGUGUGGUUCUGCCCCUCUUGGCCCUCACCUGGAUGUCUGCCGUCCUGGCCAUCACCGACCGCCGCUCUGCCCUCUUCCAAAUCCUCUUUGCCGUCUUUGACUCUCUGGAGGGUUUCAUCAUCGUCAUGGUCCACUGCAUCCUGCGUAGAGAGGUUCAAGAAGCUGUUAAGUGCAGAGUAGUCGACCGCAAGGACGACGGCAGUGGAAACUCUGGCAGUUCCCAUCACAAUGGCCAGAGCCAGCUUAUGCAGUCUGACAGCGAAAAGGACAGAGAUUCAAGCAGACAAGGAAUGAAGAGCUCCUUUGAAGAGAAAAUGCAUCCUCCUCAGCAGCCUCUCCCCAUGGGCUCGAACUUCCACACUCUGCCAUCCAACCCCAGUAAGAGCCACAUGCAGGCAGUCCCCGAAUACUCCAGCCACACCCUCACCCUGAAGAGAGAGAAGAGCCGACUGGCGGGCGGAGUCGACCCGUCCUGCGGGAAACCCGUGUACGUCUGCGAGGGGGAGCUUUUCAAGCAGCUGGACGCCGAUCUGGCUCGGGCUCAGGUCGAGGGAAGCCUCUCCGAUGGCAGCAGCUACGUCCUCAUGCCCAACACCACCUCCACCCUGAGGUCCAAGCCCAAGGAUGAACCCACAAAAUACAACAUCAGCGUGGAGCAGCUGCCACAGGCCAGGCUGAUGCACCUCAGCGGCCCCUUUGCCGAGCCCCAGGCUGCCUUCGGAAUCAAGUCAAUGCCCCACGACCAGGUCAGCGUGUCGUACUCAGAGAGAGACUCGCCCAUCCAGAACAUCCACAACAUGUCUAGCGAGUCCCACAUCACCCACAGCAGCCUGGAGAACACCUUUGAGUCCAUGAACUCCAUGAUGUCCAAGAGUGAGACCAUCUCCACACUGUCUAUGAGCUCCUUGGAGAGACAGAAAUCCCGUUAUGCUGAGUUGGACUUUGAGAAAAUAAUGCACACAAAGAAACGCCACCAGAACAUGUUCCAGGACCUAAACAGGAAGCUACAUCAUGCUAAGAAAGACAGGGAGUCACCUGCUUCUGACAGCAAGUCUGUGAGAUGGAGUGUGUCUUCAGGAGGAAGUGACAAAACGAACCACAGUGACAAACAGCAGGGUCCUCUGGACAGGCCGUGGGAGGGAGUUCGGGCAAUGCAGCAGUCUCCUCCUGCAUGGGUGCGUAAAGACCUGGAGCCCCUUGCUGCCUCGCCUCUGGAGCUGCACUCUGUGGAGUGGGAGAAGGCUGGCACCACCAUCCCUCUGGUGGGACAGGACAUUAUCGACCUGCAGACAGAGGUCUGAGGGCGAAGAAGGGGGGAGGGGGGCUAGAGAAGCCACCUGAUGUCACCUUGUUCACCUUUUUGGUUUUGGAAUGGCCUCCUUUACAAAUAUAGUAGAGGAAACCGAGGAUGGGAGAAAGUAGGUCCCAGAAUCAAUGUCUUCAAACCCUCAACCAGAGCAGGAUGGAAGGGAGAGAGGAGAAGGAGUGGAUGUGGUGCUGGGAAUGUUUAAUGUAGCUUCUCUGUGUGGACUUAGAGCAUCUCAUGAGUGUUCUGAAAGUCAAAGGGUUAGCCUAGCGAGCAGCGGUUUCCGUUGACCACGACCGGCAGUCGUGGUCGCGGGUGUUUCCUGAACUAUUCAGCCUGGAUUCAGAAGACAUGGUCAACGUAUCUGUGCUUCUUUUUUCCUUCAACUCAACCAUGGAGAGAAAUGAGUUGAUGCAACGCGGAGCGCCUUCCCCCCCUUCUCGGGAAGAACAAACUUAAACUCUUGGCUGCUCCCUUUCCGGUUACCUUCCAAAAUGGGACAAGGCAAGAGAGCAUAAGGGACCAGAUCAUGCUCAGUGUCACACUGCACUUUGGUAGAAGGGCACACACAAUGUGUGUGUUUGUUUGUACUGCUUCACACCUGGAACUGAUUCAAAAAGCCUGAAAUGAACAUCUUCCGUGAGACUCUCAUACUGAGAAAAUGACUCUUCUGGAGAGCAGGCUUAAUCGUGCUGGUGGGGCGUUUCACUGCGGUUCUCACUUUGGUUAUUAUUAUUCCAAUAAUUAUUUUCAGUGUUAUGAUUAGCAUUGCUAUUGUCAUUAUUGAGUUUACAGUCUAUAUUUUUUAUUUUUCAUCGCCCCGAUGACUGUCAUGCACAAUUUAUAUGGUUUUGUGCUGUGACCUACACAAUUGGGCUCCAAAAAAAGAAAGAUUCUUUGAUGUGUUGUGAGCCUAUGUGGAGUACAUCGGGACAAACACACUGAGUGGUAAUGGAGAUGGUUGGUUACCCAAAAUGUCUUGGCUUCUCCAGCAUUCUGCUUCAACAGGAAAAAAAACAGCACUGGGAUGAACACAGACUCUCACGCAGGAAGAGCAGUGCAGGCUGGGGAGAAGAUGGGUCAAAAUGCCAGGAGGUGUCCCAGCACAAUACUGCAGGCUCUUCCAUGUCAUACAUGUGGAUUCAAGAUCAGACCAUUCUUCAGUGCCCUUUUUGUUUCUCAGCUUUGCAGGACUCCAGGAACCGAGCCGAGGUUCCUGGCGCUGACAUGACUUCCAAUGCAGCGCCAGGUCCUCGAGGUCGCAACACUUUUGUGUUUUCAGCCAUCAGCGUGAAAUAGUGCAAUAUGAUGGGCGCUUGAUGCUCAAGCAAGACUGAUAUAUUGAUUUAGGCAAAAUCUUUUUUUACCAAUGUUUCAACAAUUUUAUACCAUCUUCCUCAUAUUUACAGAGCAUAUAGAUGCAUUCUGAAAAUAUUGUAUUACAAAUCUGUAUUAGUAAUUCAAGGAAUUUAUUCACUAGAGAUUUGUUAGUGCAGGACUCCAUAUUUGGAGCUCUCUGUGACAGGUAGAUAAUUGUACUUAUAUAGAAUGAAUGAUAGCCUAUGAAUAUAAACUGUGCUUCAGGAUAUUCGUUAUUACUCUCUGCCUUGUAGCAUUGGGUAAUUGACCCUCAUGUCUCUGUAACAGUAUGUUUUUGAUAACCUUGUUGUAACUCGAUAGUGUGUACUACCAGCUAAAUUCCUAUGUCCUAUCCCCAAAUCAUACCUCGAGAUUACUUGUACUGACAAACCAUUUGGAUUUUCUUGUCACAACUUUGUUUGUGUUCUGUUUUACCUCCUGUAAAUGUACAGUUUUCAUAGCACAAAAUGAAUGUGACUCUUUUCUAAUAAAAUAAAUCUAUAUUACA